AAUGCUAAAGGACACAGAUUUACAAUAACUGCAGAAAGGCACAGUAGCAUGCACCAAUAAACACAUGAAACCACCUACCCAAGAGAUAUCCUCUCACACAAACCAGAAAAGAGACACAGAUGUAGGAUUACCCACCCAUCAUAGAACACAUCGUACACAGAGAGGGAGAGAGAGACAGACAGACAGAUCUUAGAUCCCAAGUUUAACAUAAAGCAAGCUUAUGGGUAUAAAUGCACCAGUCCCAAGAGCACCUGUUUUGUGGCUGUGGGGGCGGGGCUUUCCAAAGCCCCGCCCCUGGACCAAACCACACCCCUUAAGUUGCCGCUAUUUGCUGGCCUUGUUCUGUGGUUCUGAGGUGUCUCAGCAGCUCCUGUACUCCAGCCUGCUAACAGGUGAGUGACAGGGAGAAGGGAGGCGGGAAUCUUGUCUCCCACACCCUUGCCUUCCUCUGCCUAGAACCUUGUAGUAUCUAGUCGCAGCACCCCAGCCCCCGCUGUGCAGCUUGGUACUAAAGGUCCAGCCCCGGGUGGAAGCUGCUAAGCUGAUUGUGAACCGAGAGAAGGUGACCGUGAAAGGAGUGAGCGAGAAGCGAGAAGCGGGGCGGGGCUGAAGAGAGAGAGGAAGUCCUGGUUGGAAGAGGGGCUUGGAAGAGCUGAGGUAGUCCUGUUACUCUGAAGGAAGUUAGUAGCAGAGGGCAAACAGGGUGAGAGAUUGUUGGCAUGUGUGGUUUAAGCUGGGGGCGGUGUUUGGGCCUGAAGGAACAGGGGGGAUGUGUCUGCUGGGAGGGGCUCUUGGGUGAGACUCCCCCUAGAGUUCGGAGAGCCCUGGCCUUUGCCUGGCCUCCUCCAGCAUUGCCCAUGCUCUGUGCUGCCUGGCAUUGAUUUCUGGUGUGCACCCGCCAGUGCCAACCUGAGCCUCCAAAAGGAUAGUCAUGCCUCAUCCCUCCAUCUCAGCUGGUUCUUGUCUCAGGUGGACAUGGCCCACAAAGGCCACUUUCAACCCAGCAGCCUGGACUGGGCCCUGCGACUGAUCCUGGCAUGGAUCUUCUCGGUGGCCUGUGGAGGGAGCCACCCUCUGCAAACUAGAUUCUGGGGACACCCUGGGCUGGCAGCCAAUGUGGGCACAAGCCAGCUGCACCUAGCAGGGUACCCUCCAUCCUCGGUUCCACAGCCUUCCCUGAGGAUCCAAGAUCCUGGUUCACAGACAUCACCCCUGCCAGAACCUUGUUGUACCUCAGAUAUAGAAGGACCAGAGGCAUCAAACCCAGGGAUCCUUCUAGAAAGCUGCGGUGCACCGAGCCCGGAAUGUGAAUUCUUCCUGGGACACCUUCAACGUGCCCUCCGCAAUCGCUUCCACGGGCUGCUGCUUGGAGUACACCGAGUGCAGCCUCUCUGCCCGGAGCUCUGCCGGAUUUGGUUCACCACCUGCGAAGCAGAUUUCACCUGUGGCCCGACUUGGCUGCAGCCCUCUGGGAAGAGAGGCUGUGAAGCCAGCUGCCGAACCUACGGGCAGACCUUCGCCAAUGCAGAAGACCUGUGUCGCACGGUUCUGGGCCACGCACUGCCCGUGGCAGCUCCUGGCUCACGUCACUGUCUCAAUGUCUCCAUCUCCUCUCCACGCGCCCGCCGCCCUCGCGCCUGGAUCUCGAAGGCUGCAGGCAGCGGCAGCGGCAGCGGCGACGGCGACAGCCCUGAGUAGAUAAAUGGCCCAACUCUCGCUUAG